UGUUUACGUCAAGAUAACACAAAGAAACUAAUAAAAGACCACGUAAACGUAAACUAGCCAAUUAGUACAAACAAGAUUUAUCACGUUUUAACCUUUUAACAAGUUUUAAUAACAGCCAACAAAAUUUUUUCCUUAAUAUCAAUAAGUACGGCUUUUAUCCGUGCAGUCAUCACAAAAAUGGUACAAAACUCGGGACCAAGACCAUUAAUUUUAUGUGGACCAUCAGGGUCAGGAAAAAGUACAUUAUUAGUUAGAUUAUUGAAUGAUUUUCCAAAUACAUUUGGAUUUAGUGUAAGUCAUACGACAAGAAAGCCUAGACCAGGUGAACAAAGUGGCGUGCAUUAUCAUUUCACAACCAAAGAAGAAAUGACUGCGGCGAUCGAAAGAGGAGAAUUUAUUGAAAAUGCUGUAUUCAGUGGAAAUAUGUACGGAACUAGUUAUAAAUCUGUUGCAAAUGUACAAAAUGCUGGAAAAGUAUGCGUACUUGAUAUUGACAUGGAAGGUGUUAAACAAAUUAGAAAAACAGAUUUAAAUCCAAUAACAGUUUUUAUAAAACCUCCUUCACUUGAUGAACUUGAAAAACGUUUACGGAGUCGUGGAACUGAAACAGAAGAAACUCUUACAAAACGAUUAAAUGUAGCCCGAAAAGAAAUGGAAUACGGUGAAACACCUGGAAAUUUCCAUUAUGUUAUUGUAAAUGAUAAUUUGGAUAAAGCUUAUGAAGUUCUAAAAGAAGCUGUUGUUUCGGAAAUUAAAAAACAACAAUCAGAUGGUGUGAUUAUUAAAUUCGACUAAAUAUUUAUGUUGGUGAAU